AUGUAUUCUUGUAUGCUAAAUAGUUUAUUUGUUGUUCUCCCUGUACCUAUUUUUUAUCUUUAUUUCUCUCUUUCAUUCAUUCUCUCUUCUCUUUCAAAUCUUCUUUCAACUCUGUUUAAGUUUAUUCUUUUUCUCCACUUUUCCUUCCUUUCUUUCUUUAAACUAUAUUUUUUAUCAUUUUUAUCUUAUCUAUGUUUAAAUUCAAUACCUAAGUCGUCCUUUUCUUCUUCUUCUUCUUCGUCGUCGUCGUCUUCUUCUUCGUCUUUUUAUGCUUCGUUGUCGUUGUCUUCUUCGUCGUCGUCUUUUUCUUCUUCGUCGUCUUCCUUUUCCUUAUUCUCUCUCUCAUCCUUCGUCUUCUUCGUCGUCUUCUUCUUCGUCUUUUUAUUCUUCUUCAUCUUCGUCUUUUUCUUCGUCGUCUUUUUUUUUUCUUUUUCGUCGUCUUCUUCUUCUUCGUCGUCUUCUUUUUUUCUUUUAAAAAUUAUUCAAACAAAUCAUCUAUCUAUCUAUCUAUCUAUCUAUCUAUCUAUCUAUCUAUCUAUCUAUCUCUCUCUCUAA